AUGUUUUUAGCCGAGACGCUUACAGAUGAUGCUAGGCUAGAGUUUGUGCAAAGAAGUAUUGGUUUUGAUCAUAGAUGGGUGGUACCAAGAGUGGGAAGAGGUGGAGGAUUAGUUCUGUAUUGGAAAGCUUCGAUCAAUCUAAAGGUGGAAGAUUUGGAUAGGUACUAUAUUGAUGCGGUGAUUGAUAAAAAUACGGAGAAUGAGUGGAGAUUAACGGGUUUUUAUGGUGAACCGGAUACAACAAGACGUCAUGAAGCUUGGGCAAAACUUAGGGCUUUAAACUCAAGACCUGAAAAACCAUGGCUUUGUUAUGGGGAUUUUAAUGAAAUUAUCAGACAAGAGGAGAAGCUUGGGGGUGCAAGAAGGCCUUAUAAUCAAAUGCAACAAUUUAGGGAGGUGAUUGAUGAGUGUGGGUUCAUGGAUUUGGGAUUUGAGGGCUCUAAAUUCACUUGGAGCAAGCACUUCGAAAAUGGGGUUUCAAUUUGGGAGAGACUUGAUAGGUGUUUGGUAAAUAAUAGUUGGUUCAUGAAGUUUGGAGGUUCAAGGGUGUACCAUUUGUCAUGUAACUCUUUGGAUCAUGUUCCAAUUCUUUUAUCACUAUCUGGCCUGCACCCACCUACUCGGAAAAAAAAUUUCCGGUUCGAACAAAUGUGGCUCUCAAAUUCCAGUUGUGAGGAGGUGGUAGUUUCGGCUUGGGGCAGUGGGUAUGAAGUCGGUUGUGAGGGUGAUAUACAAAGAAAAGUGGAGAAGUGUGGAAAGGAAUUGGGGCAAUGGGAGAAAACUGUUUUUGGGAAUGUGAGAUUGGAAUUGAACCGGUUGAAAAAGGACCUAGCUAGAGAAGAGAAUGUAGCCAUGGUUAGUGGGAAUAAUUUUAAGGGGGAUAAAAAUACAAAGUAUUUCCAUAGCUAUGCCUCAAAGAGAUAUAGGAAGAACUCAAUGGAAGGUAUUAAAGAUGAGGGAGGUGUAUGGAGAACUAGACAGGAGGAUAUUGGGGAAGUAAUGGUGAACUAUUCCAAGUCUCUAUUUACCUCAACAGAUGGGAGGGUCUCCACAGGCAUCUUAGAUUGUGUGCUUACAGUGAUAGAUGAGGAGAUGAAUGAAAGUCUAUGUAGAGAGUUUGAAGCAAGUGAAGUAGCUACUGCCCUCCAACAAAUGGCGGUCCUCAAGGCUCCUGGACCAGAUGGCAUGCCUCCGCUCUUUUAUCAACAUUUUUGGAGCACGGUAAAUCAUGAUGUCACCUCAGCCAUCUUGUCAUGGUUGAAAUCAGGUACUAUACCUACUCCCCUAAACCGUACUUUUAUCACACUUAUUCCAACAAUAAACUCCCUUGAAUAUGCACACCAAUUUCGCCUUAUUAACCUUUGUAAUGUCCUUUACAAAAUUUAUUCUAAAAUUCUUGCAAAUCGCCUCAAAAAAUUACUUCCAUCCAUUAUCACAGAACACCAAUCAGCCUUCACUAAGGGUAGAUUAAUUUCUGAUAAUAUUUUGGUGGCCUUCGAGACCUUGCAUAGUCUACAAAAUUACAAGGGGGGUAAUUAUGGUUAUAUGGCACUGAAACUGGAUAUGAAUAAAGCGUAUGAUCGGGUGAAGUGGUAUUACUUGGAGGGGAUAAUGAGGAAAAUGGGUUUUAGGGAGAGGUGGAUAAAUUUGGUUAUGGGUUGUGUGAAAAUAGUAUCAUAUUCUGUUUUGGUAAAUGGAGAACCCUGUGGGAUGAUUUUUCCUACAAGGGAGAUUAGGUAG